AUGGCGGAAUCUCGAGGUCAGUCCACCAUAGUGGACUUCAUCAAACAUCCAAUCGUAAAUACCUUUACCUUGCUCUAUAUGGUCUUCCAGGCCAUCAUCAACUACAUCUUUGCUCCCGCCCCGCCCCCGCCAUCCUCGGUCACCAAUGGCCUCCCUAAAAAGAGAGUCGCGAUCAUCGGAACCGGUUUGACCGGUGUCUCGUCGGCCGCUCAUUGUGUCGGUCAUGGAUUUGAAGUGCAAUUGUUCGAGCAGAGAUCCAAGGAAGAGGGUCUGGGAGGAAUCUGGAGUCGCGUCAAUUCCACCUCUUCGCUCCAAAUCCACAGCCUUAUGUAUCGAUUCCACCCGUCGGUCAAAUACGACACUGCCUACCCUACUCAGCAGGAAAUCAAGGAGCAAAUCGUUGAAGUGUGGAAACGCUACGGCCUCCAGAAGCACACCGUCUUCAACACCCCCGUCACGUCCGUCAAGCAAGCUAAAAACGGCAAAUGGAUCAUCAACAACGACGACAAAUACGGUCGAUUUGACGGAGUCGUGACUGCAGUAGGAGUGUGCGGAGAUCCCAAGCAGCCCCCAUUACCCGAUCAGGAGAAGUUCAAGGGCAGCAUCUUCCACUCGUCCAAGCUUGAUGGCAAGGAUGUCGAAGGCAAGAGAGUGCUCAUCAUCGGAGGCGGCGCCAGUGCCAUCGAAGCGCUCGAGUUUGCAGUCAAGGCAAAGGCCGCCGAGAUCGACGUGUUGUCUCGGUCAGAUAAAUGGGUCAUCCCUCGCAACGUUUUGGUACAAUCUCUGCUGGCCAUGAACAUCUUUGGGCAGGAGACCUCGCUGUCGUGGAUUCCUGAAUGGCUUCUGCAUAAGUUCUUCUAUCGCGAUCUGCAGGACAUUGCUCCGUCUGGCGGCCUGUAUACCACAACCCCCAUGGCAAACGACGAGCUUUUCGAUCAGAUCAGAGAAGGCAAAGCUCGCUGGCUGCGCGGUGAUCCUGUUGCCGUGAAAGAAGAUGGCAUUCUCUUCAAUUUCCGAUCCAAGGGCGUACCGAAAGGCGGUCCCGGCCACGAAGAAGUGGUCCCCGGCGACGUCAUCAUUAUGGCUACUGGAUUCAAACGUCCUUCGCUUUCAUUCCUGCCCGACGAGGUGUUCGAAGAACCCUACGGCCCUCCCAGCUGGUAUCUCCAGGUCUUCCCGCCCAAGUACACCAGCCUUUGCGCCAACAACAGUACCUACGUCAACGCCAUCGGAACCGUCGGCAACAUGCACAUCGGCAUCUACACUCGCUUCCUGCUCAUGUUUCUGACCGACCCAUUGACUCGCCCUACCGAAGGCCGCAUGAAAACCUGGAUCGACUUCACGCGCUUCAUGAAAAAACUGUCUCCGACUGGUGCCUUUGACUUCUUCACCUACUCCGAACUCAUCUAUUGGUUUGUCUUCUGUAUUGUAGUGAACCCCUUCCGGUGGAAGUGGGCGCCUUUCGUCCUGUUCGGCAUCGGACGAACUCUUCCUUUGGAAGUGGUCAAGCAAGAAGAGGCUUUCCGGAAGGAGUUGCUCAAGCAGCACCAGUAG